UUAAUUUUAUCACUGGAAAAACCCUAAAGAGUAAUUGUUAGUUUUGAUCAUAAUGUCUGCUACUGGAGGGGCUGGUGAGGAAGAGAAGAAACCUAAUGAUCAGAUGGUUCAUAUUAAUCUGAAGGUUAAGGGUCAGGAUGGGAAUGAAGUGUUUUUCAGGAUCAAGCGUAGCACACAGAUGCGCAAGCUCAUGACUGCUUAUUGCGACCGUCAGUCAGUGGACAUGAACUCUAUUGCCUUUUUGUUUGAUGGCCGCAGGCUUAGGGCAGAGCAAACUCCUGAUGAGCUGGAGAUGGAGGAGGGUGACGAAAUUGAUGCAAUGCUACAUCAAACUGGAGGCAAUGGUGCUGGAUGCUGCUACUUUUGUCUCUAACUUUUAGCUUGGUUAUGUUGAUUAUAGAUUGGUUAGGGUGAGAGCUUUUGAGUUUUGGUUAUAACUCUUCCAUCUGCUUUUAGAUGGGGAGACUUAUGAAUGUUUAGUUUUCGGUAUUAGACAAUAGCUACUAAAUGUUCCCCUUUC